UGUUUUUUCAAGCUUUCUUUCCGAUUUCGUCUUCUUCACCUAUAAAACCUAAAAAACAAAAGCCUCAAAUCUCCAGGUUCUGGUACUGGUAGCCGCGACACCCAUCUGCUUCUUUUAAACCCUCAAAAUCACUUACAAGAAUCAACUGAUCUUCAAAACCACACAAUAUUUUAUCCACCAAAAAUCAAUGGAGACUCAUCCAAACAAGAACCAAAACAACAACGGUGAAGACAAAACAGUAGCAACAAUAAAAAACCUACGUUCCCGACUAGAAUCAAGAAUAGAAACCCAACAUAAAACCCAACUUGACUUAUUAGCAUCUCUUCAAGAUUUAGUCCCCAACAUUGUAUCCUCUCUUGACCUGUCCUUACAAAUUGUCUCUUCUUUCAAUAACAAACCCUUCACCCCAACACCACCACUACCAGCUUCAACAUCAAGAGCCCACCUUGAAAUUGGAUCAAAUUCAAGGAAUCCCAAUGACCCACGAGCUAAUAUUGACUCAAGACCUGAAAUUUUGGGUGAAAGCUCGAAACUUGAGAGAAAAGAUGGAAACUUUGACGGUGAUGGGGCUGAGAGUGGGAGUCCAUUGGCUGUUGUGAGAGUAAUGGUGGCUGAAUGUUUGCUUCAAAGGGUGCCUUUUAAUCCAAUUGAUUCGUCAACAGUUUUGAGGAAGUUGGAGAAUGAUCAGAAUGCGACCGAGGCCGAGAAGGCGGCGAUUAGGGAGGUUGGAGGUGAGUCUGGGGCGAUUCUGGCGGUGGAAAUGGCUUUGAGGUCAAUGGCGGAAGAGAAUCGUGGGAUUGAGCUUGAGGAGUUUGUGGUAAGUGGCAAGUCUAGAGUUAUGGUAUUAAAUAUUGAUAGAAACCGGUUAGUUAAAGAAUUGCCUGAAAGUGCACAAUAUACACAGAAUUUAGAAUUGUCAGGUUCUAGUGAUUUUAAUCAGAAUCAGAGUAGUGGGAUUGGUAAUAAUGUUAAUAGCAAUGGCGGGGUUGAUGUGAAUGGUAACGGGGUUUAUGGGAUUGGAGGGCCGGUUGUGAUGCAAAGGCCAUUGAUGGGGGACAUGUGGAUGGGUGGCGGUGGGGAUAUGUGGCCUAGGGGAGGGAUGAUGGGACCUCGAGGGAUGAUGAUGGGGCCGCGAGGGAUGAUGCAGAGGCCGCCUAUGCCUUUGCCAAUGCAAUCGCAGCAGCAGAAACAAAGGAGCGAGGAGGAUGAAAUGAAGGAUUUGGAGGCUUUGCUGAAUAAGAAGUCAUUUAGGGAAAUGCAGAAAUCAAAGACUGGUGAGGAGCUUUUGGACCUUAUUCAUCGACCUACUGCGAGAGAAACUGCCGUGGCUGCUAAGUUCAAAACCAAAGGUGGUUCUCAGCUAAAGGAGUAUUGUUCGGCUCUAACAAAAGAGGAUUGUAGACGUCAAUGUGGUUCCUUUAUUGCAUGUGAGAAGGUUCAUUUUCGUCGUAUUAUUGCUCCUCAUACUGACGUGAGUCAAGGGGACUGUUCUUUUCUUGACACUUGCCGCCACAUGAAGACUUGCAAGUAUGUCCAUUAUGAGCUUGACCCAACACCGGAUGUGUCUCCUAUGGCAAUGGGUGCUGCAGCACUUCCUCCCUCCAAAGCUUUAAAGCCCCAGCGUGCUGAAUAUUGUUCAGAAGUAGAACUUGGCGAACCGCAAUGGAUUAAUUGUGAUAUUCGUAAUUUCAAAAUGGAGAUUUUAGGUCAAUUUGGAGUUAUCAUGGCUGAUCCACCAUGGGACAUUCAUAUGGAACUGCCUUAUGGAACAAUGGCUGAUGAUGAAAUGCGCAACCUCAAUGUCCCUGUGUUGCAAACUGAUGGUCUAAUUUUUCUUUGGGUUACUGGACGUGCUAUGGAGCUUGGACGUGAAUGUUUAGAACUUUGGGGGUACAAGCGUGUUGAAGAGAUUAUUUGGGUAAAGACCAAUCAACUUCAGCGAAUAAUUAGAACAGGUAGAACAGGGCAUUGGCUUAACCACAGUAAGGAACAUUGCCUUGUCGGAAUAAAGGGAAAUCCAGAAGUAAACAGGAACAUUGACACUGACGUCAUAGUUGCUGAGGUUCGAGAGACAAGUCGGAAGCCAGACGAGAUGUACCCUCUGCUGGAGAGGAUAAGUCCCAGGACAAGGAAGCUGGAGCUGUUUGCUCGCAUGCACAACACUCAAGCAGGCUGGAUGUCCCUUGGCAAUCAGUUGGAAGGAGUGCGAUUGGUUGAUGAGGGUCUGCGAGCAAGAUUUAAGGCUGCCUACCCAGACGUUGUGGUGCAGCCCUCAUCUCCUCCCCGGGCUUCCGCAAUGGAAAUAGACUCCACUGCUUCUCAAAUGAGAAGUCCUUUUUCAGUGACAGAAUCCAAGUCUAUGGCCACACAGUUUGCAGACCGUGCAGCUCCAGAAACAGGCUAUACUUCUGAAGAAAAGCCGAUGGCAUUAGAUGCUGUUAUGGCUGGCUGAAUAACCUUCACAUUCCAUCAUAUUAACCAAAUAGGAUUCCACAGUGCUCAAAAUUGUUAGUAGUUACUGAGAUGUAUGUGAUUGUUCUGCCUAGUUUAUGAUUGUUAUUCCUAAGGUCAUUGGGCUAGAGAGGGAUCAUAUCCUGGGCCAAUAUGUCAUAGUGGUCUAGAGAUCAGGCUACCUGUAUUGCAAUUAUGCAGCCGACCAAGUAAAAGUCCUAACAGUUAAUGAUUUAUGCAAAGGCAGUAAAUUAGUUUCUUAUGGAAAAA